GUGCUUUUUAAACAACUGAACUCCGAAUAAACGCACUCCGAAUGGAAAAUAAAUCUGAAGUCAACCAACUGACCUUUUGCUAGAUGAGACGUCAUGAUGUUUCCUAGUUGUAGGUGCGGCAUUAAUAACCGUUUGUGCUAUUAAACCCGUUGCUUAUAAAUACGACUCAGUUUAGCUGUAGUGAUAUUGUUUCGCCACUUACUGGAGAGGGAAUUUUAUUGCUUGAAAGACAUGACAUGCCAUUCUUAUCUGCCAAGCGUCUGAGAAGGAUGGCAACGCCUCUAGUCCUGUCAAUCUUUCUUCUGCUCCCAGUAAUUUCUGAAGGACAAUAUGGACAUAGAUGUGAAGUUAUCCCAAAAGACCCAUACAUUGAAUUUGGCUCCAAUAUUAAGAUUAAAUUCAAGAAGACAUGCAACAAGACAAUCUCAGACAGCCACGGCAAAAUCUAUUGGACGAUCAACAACAAGAGCAUAGAUGAAAGCCUCUAUGAAACCAACACCACCUUUGCUGCGGUGACCAUCUACAAUCUAUCCCUUCCAAAAGCAAUAGUACAAUGUCACAGCCAUUUAACUCAGCAAGUCUUGGGUGGUACCAUCAUACAAACAUACUGGAAACCCAGAAACAUAUCGUGUGUCACGUAUAUCUCACAACAAGAUUUUACAUGUCGCUGGGAGCACAAGAUCAAACCCACAUCGAAAAUAACAUAUACCGUUUAUAGGAAAUGGGAAAAUAGCCAAGAUGCAUGGGAGAGUGAUCAUUGUAGUUCUGGAAGCAUGUCAUGCACUUUUAAUAAGAGCCUGCCGAUGCUUUCAAAGCUAAAUUACAUCACUGUGCGAGCUGAAAGCACAGUUUGGGAGACAAUCUCGGACACACUGGAAUUGGAUCCUUGGGAUACAAUGAAAAUAGACCCUCCAAAGAAUGUGCGGGUGGUUCCUCUCCCUGCUCAUCUAAGGGUUGAAUGGGAAAGACCAGGAGGCACAGACUUUCUUGACCAGGUCAUACACUGUCAAGUCAAAUAUGCCAAGCAUGUAAUGGAUACAUCUAUGAACACAGUGGCCAAGACAGCCUCUGUCACUUCUGUUGAAGUGGAGUCAUGCACCAACCAUACAGUGUCUGUCCGCUGUGCUUUAGACAAGGCCCCCUGGAGUGAAUGGAGCAGGCAGGUGACAGUACUGUCCUCUCUCAACGUGAGCACAGUGCAGUUGGACCUGUGGAGGAAGAUGGAUGCACCAGACAACACUGGGACUAGAACAGUGCACCUGAUGUGGAAGAGCAUCUCCCCUGCAUGCAAGGCCAUCGAUGGAUACAGGCUGACGUACAUGGCUGAUGAAAAGCACAUGCCUGACAGACAUUUGGACACCGUUGUGGAUAAGGCUUCCAUCACUGUGGACCAGCGGGCAUACAGAGUCACUCUCGCUGCCUAUCGCGGCGACACCACGUUUUCUGAACAGUCAAUCUAUGUACCGGCCGUGGGACAAAGUCUCCCCCAGGUUAGGGGCGCCCAGGCCUCUGCCCAUGACGGUGACAUCCAGGUCAGCUGGGUUGUUCCUCCUCUCUACCUUGUCCAUGGCUACAUCAUAGACUGGACCACCGAUGGAGAUACAUACACCUGGCUACAGAGCCAAGACACUCACAUCACAUUGACUGGCCUGCAGCCUUUUAAACUAUACAACAUCACAGUAACUCCACUCUACGAUGACCAGACAGGACUCGAAAAGGUCAUUCAGAUCUGCUCAGUACAAAGAGCUCCAGGGAAUAUCUCCUCUGUCGAUGUACACGUUCAAGACAAAAGUGCUCAGGUCAACUGGACUGCUGUGCCUCAGAGCCAAUGUAGCGGUGAUGUCGUCAACUACACUGUGUUCUACAAGACUGAAACACAACCAGAGCUGAAUGUGACAGUAAAUAGCAGGAAACAGGGAGUGACUCUGGAGCCUCUCCAACCAGACACCAGAUACAGUGUCCAUGUUAUGGCCAGAGCUGUUACUGGGGCAACCAAUAGCAGCGUCAUUCACUUCACAACGAGCAGAUACGGCAGGACCUUCAUCAUAAUGUCCUGUGUCUUCGGUGGUUUCGGCGUCAUCAUCGUCCUAGUCACUGGACUCUUCUGCGUCAUUCAGUGGAAACGAUUUAAGGGGAAGAUAGUGCCCAACCCCGGUCUCAGCUCCCUGGAAUUCUGGUCUUCACAGGAUUGUCAUAAGAUCCAACCCUUUAACAACCCGUCUGAACUCGAGACCUUCUGUGAGAUGAUCUACCCCUGUGAGGUGAACACCAUAACGGACGACAUCAUGGGGUCAACCUCUACAGAAGACAGGGACAUACAGGACAUGGGCAAAGAGACAGUCUGUGACCAGACAGAGAGAUGGAGCUCUGGCUUCGGUAGCAGGACCUUCUGUGACAGCCAACCCAGAGAGGAGAGCAGUAACCUGGGCCUGGCCCCAACCCUCCUCCCUUUACUGGCUCAACAAGACGGAGAAAUCAACCUGCUGGAGUCAACUACCUCUGAGGACUCAUCAUCAGAGCCAUCAGACCUCCAGGCCUCCGAGAGCUGUCCCGUCAACCCCUACAGGCUGCAGACGCCAGGGGAAUGCCCUGUGAGGUUGGGGCUGGGGGGAGGCGAAGCGACGUCGGGCACCACAGAGGAGAGUAGGAGCCUGUUGAACACACAGCAGCAUAGCAGCAUAGCUCCUCUCACUGCGUAUGUCACUCUGGACAUGUUUGAACACAGGGUGAGGGAAAGCAAACGGACAUGAACACACUUCCGAAUCCAGUGGACUUCUCAGUCUUUCCUAGAGCCUUUUAUUCAUUCAGUUUUAAUGUCUCAUAUAGGCUAUUGUGUUUUUGUGUUAGUGGUACUUUGAAAUAUCCAUUUUGUAAUUAUACUUGAGUGACAAUUUGUACAGUAUGUGUAUUUGUAGAUUGUAAAGGUGGAUAGAUAUCAGUUCUUUGAAUUUGACUCAUAAAUAUCAAUCUAUACUGUU